AUGAUGGCCAAUUCUACAGCAAGUAUGGUGCAGGCAUGGCUUGAAAAUUGUGCUACGGAAUCUGCCGCUGCAGGCCAGUGCCCUAUCCCGCUAUUCAUCUCAUCUUCUCCAUCUAUCACAAGAAAACGCCAUCGGACACAUUGUUCAGAUAAAAUAGACCCAUAUAAGAAGAACCGCACAGCAGCAUCAGAUUGUAAUUCAGAUGCCUCGUCACAAAUCCCAACAUUGCGUGAUGACUCUACAUUCCCGUCUCUAUCUCGGCCAUCUUCCGUUGGCAGCGGAGGUCAGCGAUCUCCAAGUCCUGCUCGCCAAAAAACUUUAUUAGCAAAUAAGAACACACAUCCCAGAGUCAUUUAUGUCCACGAACAAGACGAGCCUAAAAAUGAAGCUGCAAAGGCUUUGCUCGUAUAUCUAAGCCAAGCAUCGGAUUGGAGCCCUGACAUGAAUAAAAUCAAAGAGGCAUCGACUGGGUCUCGGAAAUGCUCAACACAGCAAAGAAGUGAGAGUUCAUGGGUGACAGAAGUCACAAGAAUUAUGCUACUGUUAUCUCAAGGGGAGAUGAAGUUAGAAUUCUGGGGCCAUCAGAAUGAAUCGGUCCGCUCCUGCUAUCAGCCUCAGUAUACGGCCCGAGACCGAUGUAAUCGCAAAAUUGAUUACGUUAUUGGAUUUCCUUCAGAUUCAUGGCAGAAACUAUAUAGAAAAGCCAGUAUCAAGUUUGAAGACGGAUAUUUCAACCAUGUCGAUCAUGUUCAUACAGGCACUCAAAUUCUAGGUGUUGGGAUUCAGGUGAAACCUCAAUACGGAAAUCGGAUGGAAGCCGAGGUUCAACUAGGAGCUUGGGUGGCUGGACAUUUUCUAUGGGCCUUUGAGCAUCGAGCAGGGACUGAAAUCCCCCCUCCAAUGGUCGGAAUAAUCUCCGUUGGUGAAACUUGGGAUUUUUAUAUCAUAUAUGGCGUGUCUGCCGAGGCCAUUCAUGAUGAUCCUCUGUCAAAGUUGGAAGAAAGUGCACGUUUGGGGCCCAUUUUCCGAUCUGAGUCGCCGAACGUCGACUGA